AGCACUAGUGCACUACUAGUACAAGCUGUACAACCUUGGUGGUGCAAAGCAAUCACCAAACUCCUGCAAAAAUGCUGCUACGCCACCGCACUUUCCAUUCCCAAGCCAUCACCACCACCUCUUCAGCUCCCCGCAACGCCAUUCUAGCCGAAAAAGCCAUAACCUACCUCCAGCGACACCCACAACAGCUAGCCACCCUACUCCCGGAGUUCAACCCUGAAGCCGCUUGCUUCGUACUCCUCAAAACCCAAUCCGACCAAUCCCUAACCCUCCAAUUCCUUAAUUGGGCGCGCACGGCGUCGAACCCGGGUUUCUUAAACCCUAAAGCAAAAUGCUACGCCCUUCACAUCCUCACCAAGUUCCGCGCCUUCAAAACCGCGCAGUCCCUCGCCGAGGACCUCGCUCGCGAGGUCUCUUCCACCGAUUCGACUGGCGGGUUAGUGUUUGAUUUUCUCAAGCAGUCGUAUCAAUCUUUUAAUUCUAGUUCAGCUGAUGUUUUUGAUUUGAUGGUAAAAUCUUACUCUUCUCUUAAUAUGGUUGAUAAAGCUAUUAAUACUCUUAAUUCAGCUAAACUUGAGGGUUUUAUGCCUGGGGUUUUGUCUUAUAAUUCAAUUCUUCAUGCGGUUCUUCGUAAUUUACCGCCUUCAUCUUCGUCAUUGUCGUUGGCUAUGGAGUUGUUUCAUGAGAUGAGCAAAUUGGGUAUUUCUCCUAAUGUGUUUACUUAUAAUAUUUUGAUUAGGGGUUUUUCUGGGGGUGGGGAUUUUCCUAAGGCUUUGACAUUUUUUUCUGACAUGCAAAAAUGUGGGUGUUUGCCUAAUAUUGUGUCUUACAAUACUCUCAUUGAUGCUCAUUUUAAACUGAAGAAGACUAAUGAUGCAAUUAACUUGUUUCGAUCACUUAAGUCGAACCGUUUGCAGCCAAAUUUGAUUACUUAUAAUAUUAUGAUUAAUGGGUUGUGUUGUGAGGGGAAGAUGAAAGAAGCUUAUGAGGUGGUUCAUGAUAUGUACCGCCAGCGGCUCAAACCCGAUGAGGUGACCUAUAAUACGCUUGUAAAUGGAUACUGUAAAGAUGGUAACUUCCAUCAAGCACUUCUUUUGCAUGCUGAGAUGCUUAAAAAUGGUUUGUCUCCCAAUGUGGUUACCUAUACUUCUCUCAUUCAUAGUAUGUGCAAAGCGGGUAAUAUGAAUCGUGCAAUGGAAUUCUUGGAUCAGAUGUGCAAUAGAGGGCUUCGACCCAAUCAGAAAACAUAUACAACUUUGAUUGAUGGAUUUUCCCAGCAAGGUUUGCUGAAUGAAGCCUAUAAUUUAUUGAAUGAGAUGACUGCUGGUGGAUUCAAACCUUCUAUUGUGACCUACAAUGCCCUUAUCAACGGGCAUUGCAUUUUGGGUAGGAUGGAGGAGGCUCUGAGCGUGGUUCAGGAUAUGGUGGAGAGAGGAUUGGUCCCAGAUGUUGUAAGUUAUAGUACAAUUAUAUCUGGAUUUUGCAAGAACCAAGACCUGGAACGGGCAUUCCAGAUGAAGAAAGAGAUGGUUGGGAGGGGUAUUUUGCCGGAUGCUAUUACCUAUUCAUCACUUAUCAAAGGGCUUUGUGAGGAUAACCGGCUUGCUGAGGCCUCGGAUCUUUUCAAAGAUAUGAUACACGUAGGCUUGCCUCCAGAUGAACAUACUUAUACAACACUGAUAAAUGCACACUGUUCAGAAGGGGAUAUUCAACUGGCUUUUUGUCUUCAUGAUGAGAUGAUUCAGAAGGGUCUCCUUCCUGAUGUGGUCACGUAUAGUGUACUUAUUAAUGGGCUAAAUAAACAAGCUCGAACAAAGGAAGCAAAACAGCUUUUGCUCAAGCUGUUUUAUGACGAUUCUGUCCCCCCGGGAAUCACUUAUGACACACUGAUAGAGAGCUGUGGUAACAUUGAAUUUAGGAGCAUUGUGGCUCUUUUGAAGGGAUUUUGCAUGAAGGGGUUGAUGAAAGAAGCAGAUAGAGUUUUUGAGUCAAUGCUUGAAAAAGACCACAAGCCAUCUGAAGCAGUGUACAACGUACUCAUACAUGGCCAUUCUAAGUGCGGGAAUCUGCAAAAAGCGUAUGCCUUGUACGGUGAAAUGGUAGGUUCUGGUUUCAGUCCUCAUACUAUAACUGUUAUUGCUUUGAUCAAAGCACUUUUCAAAGGAGAAAUGAAUAAGGAGCUGGAGGAAGUCUUGAACAAUGUAUUGAGAAGCUGUAAGAUUACUGAUGCACAGCUUGCUAAGGUUCUUGUUGAGGUUAAUCAUAAAGAAGGCAAUAUGGAUGCAGUUUUUAAUGUGCUUACUGAAAUGGCCAAGGAUGGCCUGCUGCCAAAAAGUGGGGGAAAUACCAGUCAUACACGCUAAAAUUUGUGUGGUGUCAGUGUUUCAUUCUGCUUGAAAGCCAACGGGGCAUGCCAUCAUAGCCAUUUAUACAACAAGCUAGAAAAAGCCAAGGGCGGUGUUUGUCAUCUGGUAUCAGCUACUAUGACUUGUGAGCUAAAUCUGGUUGUUGUGGUCAAGGACUUAUUGUCUUUGCCGUAAUGAGCUGUUGCUGGUGUAUGCCAUUUACAGUCUUGGAGUACACCACACCUUCAAUUAUAUCAGGAGUGACCUAUUAAGCAAAGUCCACACCUGAUCGUUAACUCUUUUGGAGCUGAUCGCAGCAUCUUCCCUCCAACCUUGUGGAAAAGAGAAAGUAAGUGGGGGACAAAGGUAGAACUAUAGAAGCAUGAGCAGCUACUUGGAUGUCUUCUUGCUCCAAACAGGAAGGAACUGUUAGAAAAGCCAUUGGCAGCUUCAAUGUCAGGUCAAUAUUAAGAGAUGCUGCUAACAUGGAAAUAGGCUUGCUCCCGGAAAUGAUGUUUUGGAAUGGUUCUUCCUGUCUUGAUGUGGGUAAUUGAAAAGUAGAAGCAGCGAGAUGAGAUGACAAAGGACGUAGCUGCACUAGAAGUGAGGAAGAAUAAAUCAAUUUGCUUGGAUUAUCUGAUGAUUGAUGUCCAUUCCUACUACGAUGCAGAAACGCUUCAAUGCUAGUGUCAAACAGCACAAGAUUCUGUAUGAAGAUCCAAUUUAAAUGGACGGAGGCCGGUGGCAGAUGAUGCGUGGUGACAGAUCAAGUCAGAUUCUGGUGGAGCUCUAAGCCAUCUAUCAUCCACUAAUCACCCGAUCCGUCAUUCACCCGUAUAAUUUAUAUAUACAUAUGAUUUUUUUCUCAAUUUUCUCCCAAAAAUAAAUACAUAAAAUUUUAAAACUCGACUUUCAGUUUAGAUUAAAUGAGAAUUUGAGGCUUUUGAGCAAGAAAUACAAUGAUUUUUUUAUGUA